GUGUGGACUUUCCUCCAGGUUGUUCUCACCAUGAACUCUGUUGGUGUGCUGUCCUGCUUCAGCCUGCUGCUGGCAGCUGCUGCCGGUCAGGAACCAAAACCCUGCGUUUCUCCAGAAAUGUUGACUGGAGGCGUUUCUGUGGCGACCGCCAGUGGAUUAAUGACGUCAGGAACAGUGGCCUAUGACGCUUUGGGAAAGAGGCUGCGCGCCAGACACUAUGGCAACUUCGGGAAUAUCACCGUGGCAGUGGACGAGCUGAUGCUCUACCACCAGGAGGUCAUGUAUGAAAUCAAUUGGAGCGCCAUGACGUGCAGGAAGUUGCCUCUGGAUACCUACUUCAUGCCCCUGCAUAUUCCUGAAGAAGCGUCGCUGCUCGGCCAGGCGUUCCUGGGCUCCAGCUCCUCUUGGGGGAUGGGUCUGCUGACCAACACCUGGGUGGGGCAAUUUCCCAAUAGCGACAUGUACUCACUCACCUUCACUGAGAUCGGCUGCCUCCCUGUGACUUUGUCAAACUACUCUCCAAAAACAGGAUGGACCACCAUCAGUACCUACAACUGGGUGAUUGGGCUGUCUAGUCCUCAGGAUUUCUUCCCUCCUCCUUUCUGUUACGACGCAAAAAUGGAGAAAUCUGCCAUGCCGCAAACCUUCUUCUCUGCCAUGGAGGCCAUGGCCACGAAGGUGCAGUCUAUGAAGUGAUCAGCGGGAUCUUCUGAGAAAUAAAUUUCUAAUUAUGCUGACGCCAUCUCGGAAAUGCUACCAAUAAAAAUGUUCAAAUAGAAAUCAAAUGAAACAUAA